UCCUCACACACAACCUCAAAACGUCAUCCAAUACAUUCCUCUCCACCCAAAGAGGUGUAAAAAUCCCAAAAUAUGUGUCAAAUGGCCUGCAAUUGACGUCUCAUCGACGAUGACAUAUUUACAAGUGCCUCGACAUAUCCUGUCAAAAUAUAUCGCAUUUAUAUAAUUAAUUCCCACAUCAAAGGUUACAUGAUCGAUGAUGGAUCGCAAUAAACUCGGGCUGUCAGUCAAAAACUCCAUUAUGAUGGAGGACCUGAAAUUUAAAUUUCUGGGCCUGAUAAAUAAACAGAAUCAACCGAAAAUCCCAUCAAUGGGAUUGAACCCAGAAUUGUUGAAUCCCAUCGAUCCGUACCGCCACGAUUUCCAGGACGAAGUGAAAUCUGAGGCGAGUCAUUCAACCGAGGGUGAACCAGUGCCAGACCAAGAAAUCCUGGAGUCAAUCGAGUCAUCAUAUUACGAGACAGAUGGUACCUUCGACGCAUGCAGACAUGAGCUACUAAAGCUCCCCGAAAAAUUGAACUGCAAAGACAUCGAGAGGUACUACAAAACUCUGAAGCAGCAGCAGCAGGUGGUCUCGACAAAAGUGCUGCAAUUGAUUCUGCAGAAGCAGAGUGCAUGCAACGAUGAGUUCCAGGAGAUCCUGGAACUCCUGAAGCAACUGCAAGACGUGCUGGAUAUCUGUAGAAAAGGUAGAUUCGAUUUAAACCUCGCGAAGAAGCAGUUUACGACAGCAAGCCUGGGAAUUUUGUCGAACUAUCGAAAACGUCAGACAGUUCAACAGCUCUUGACCAAUUUGAAAACAAUCAAGACACUCCAGAGAACAGAGGAUCGUCUGCAGGAGCUGCUGAAAGAGGAGAACUACCCAGGUGCAAUAUCCCUUCUCCUGGAGUGUCAAUCAGCUGCUCAAACCUACAAGCACUUCCUCUGCGUAGCAGCCCUCCAUGGAAAACUCCAGGACACCCUCGAGCAGACAGAAGAGACCCUGGAGCACACGCUCUCACGAAUUUGCCUGCAAUUCGACAAUAAAACCUACUCAUCAGUCCAGGAAGCCUACAAACUCCUCGGAAAAACUCAGACAGCCAUCGAUAAUCUGCACAUGCACUUCACAGCUGCAAUUCUCAAUACAGCAUUUGCAACUGUUCACUCGUACUCUGGAGGUGACAUAAAACGCCAGUACAAGCAGAUCUGCCAGUCAAUACCUCGAGACUCCCAGAUCAACUGCCUCAUCGACCUCAGUAAAUCCUUGUGGAGAAUCGUGUGCUCGUAUAAUCAGGUCCUCGUCUGGCACAACUCCAACCCUCCAGAUCCUCCGGAUCACUCGAGUAAUCUCGAAGAAACCUUCAGCAAUCAGUACAUCAAGCAGAAAUUGGAGAAUGGAAUGACCAAAGUCUGGCACGACGUGGAAAUAAAAAUCUGCACAUUUCUCACAGCUGCUGACCUGACAUCCCUGAAAUUUGAGCAAUUUGUCCAGGUCCUGGGAAUUAUAAAUCGUCUGAUGGAGAUUGGCGAGGAGCUUUGUGACUCCAAGACCGAGAAUCUUCAGAGGACCAUGAAAAAUCAGUGCUCACUUUAUUUCUCUCAUUAUCACGCCUCCAGACUCGACGAGUUGAGGAUUUUCCUGGAGCACGAUGGCUGGGAAUUGUGUCCAGUCAAGUCGACCUUUGUUGCCACUCAACUCCAGGAGUUCAAGAGCCUCCGACCAGCUCUCAUCAACUGCAGGAGUCCCGAUGGCUCCAGUGACCACGACAACUCGGUCUCUGGAUGGAUCCAGAGGUACCUGGAGACCGAUAUCUCUCCUUUCGACGUUGGAAUGGAUGAGACGAUGGACGAGGACAUUCUCGCGACUAAGAAUCUGGAUAUUUCUAGUGCUGACUACUCCGAGGUAUCGUCUGAGGAAGAGGCCGAAGUGAUUGAGGAUAAUUCUAGGAGACGGAGGAGAAAGAAGGGAAUUUCUGGGCCAAUGGUCACCAACACCACUUUGAGUGUACUGAGGGUCUGUGGGAGGUACCUCCAGAUGUCCAGACUUCUCAGAUCAAUAGCUGUGACUGUCACCCAGAGCAUGAUACAAUUCUUCGAGCUCUAUUUUUAUGCUAUUCAUAAUUUUUUCACAUCGGACCUCCAGAUCACCAGUGAUUCCUUGUACAGUCCACUAUUGAAAUUAACUCUGGCAAGAAUUCGGGAGAAUUUGAUUGCCAAUGAGGCUGAGGAGGAGGACGGUGAGGCCAAGGGGAAGAGGGCCUUGAAGGUUCAUCAACCCAUGCUGUCCACCACUGUGGAUUUAUCCAAUGGGAAGAGGCUCUUCGGAUUGGCUGAGAGAAUUGUUGCAGUAGAGUCCAUCGUGUUUCUGGGGGCUCAGUACGAGAGUCUGAGAAGUUACCUGGAGAGACUCAUCAGGGAAAAGGAAGACAGGGGAUUUUUGAAUCAGUUCUAUAGCCAGACUAUUGCCUCUGCUAUAGAUCUGAGGAAGCCUGUGUACAUGGCUGUCGUCUCCAGGGCUUUUGACGUCGCUGGAGUACUGGCAGGAAUGGCGAGGGUCAACUGGGAGGUCAGGGAUGUGAUGUCCCAGCACAGUGGAUAUGUCGAUAAAAUCCAGGAGGAGGUGCUCGAGAUGAAGAGGAGGCUGGAGGAGGUCGGGAAUCUUCUCCCAAUUACUCGGGACAUCGAGAAUGCCAUUUGGGAGAAUGUUGGCCAUCUGAUAACACACACUCUUGUCGAAGGAUUAUCGAACGCUAAGAAGUGCUCAGUUGCCGGUCGGGGGGUGAUGCAACUUGAUUUUACCCAAUUAAAAUCCAAAUUUGAGACCAUCACGUCUGUGAGCCCGAUGCCUCAUCGUGAAUACGUACAAACCUACAUCAAGGCGUAUUACUUAGCGGAAAAUACACUUGAGGAAUGGGUGAAAGAGCAUAAGGAAUAUUCGGUGAAGCAUCUCAUAGGUCUCGUCUCCUGUGUUUGUCAAAACAACAAAAAAUCAAGACAGAGACUCAUCUCUAUUGUGGAAGAACAACGGCCCAACAGGUAACGAAUAUCUCCUGCGUCCUCACCAAUAAAACCAAAUCCCGAAAACAGAGAACUAAAAGAAUUUCGGAUUUGCUCUCAUCUCGAGUGAUCAAAACAUUAAAAAAUCCGCAAACGAAUCUCAUUAAUUUACGUUUUUUAAAAAAACAUUGAAGAAUCAGCACAAACGAACAGAUAAA